UGAGUCACUACUGUACGAGGGGUUUCCGUUUCAUUUUCGAACAGAGAUUUUGCUCGACUGCAAGUAGUCUAGAGAGAGAGAGAGGGAGAGGUGAGGCAAUGGACGAGGAGAGCGUACGGAAAUUUGUGGCCGCAUACCUGAAGAAGAAAGGGUUCAAGCAAACGGAGAACGCUUUCCAGGAAGAACUUAACAAAAACACCAACAACUCUUCGUCUCCAAUCUCUUUCAAUUCCCAAUUUGAACCCGACGUCGCAAAGCACAUCCUCUCCUUCUCCGAAUUUGAGGAUGGUCCUGCAAAGUAUCAAGAUGGAUAUGCCAAAUUGAGGUCUUGGACUUAUAGUUCACUAGAUUUGUACAGGCAUGAGUUACUUCGUGUUCUUUAUCCGGUAUUUAUUCAUUGUUUCAUGGAUCUGGUUGCAAAAGGUCAUGUUCAAGAAGCUCGGACAUUUUUCAAUAGCUUCCGUGAAGACCAUGAAAUGAUGCACCUACGAGAUCUACAGAAGUUGGAGGGAGUUCUAUCUCCUUCUCAUUUGCAGGAGAUGGAAUUUGCUCAUUCUCUCAGGCAGAGCAAAGUGAACAUAAAGAUUUGCCAGUACUCCUAUGAGCUUCUGCUGCAGUUUCUACACAAGUCACAAUCCACCACAAUGCUCGGGAUUAUCAAUGAGCAUAUCAACUUCCAAGUUUCUCCUGGACAACCCAGCUCAAUUUCUGAUGAUGCUGAGUCUGUAACACUUACUGGAAGCAGCCAGGAUUCAGCUAAUCAGAUAAACCAGAAGGAAAUACAUUGGGGGUUGCUCGAAGAUUCUUUUGAAGAACGUUUGGAAAAGGCAGGGGGCUUGCUUUUAGAGUCUGAAAAAGCAGAAGGGGAAACCAAAGAAGGGGACUGGGAUGAGAAUAAGAAAAAAUCAAUUGAAGGAGCUAAACAAGGUUCUUCAAUCAAAAAGUUAAAAAAGGACAAGGCUGCUGGUGCAACGGGCAAAAAUGCACGCCCUGAGGCAACCCCUGUCGCUACAGCACCAAGAGUCAAAGCAGAGCUUACUUUGCCAGUAAUUCCGACAGAGGUUGAACAGUCUAUUCUUGAAGACUUGAGAAACCGUGUACAAUUGAGUAGUGCUGCUCUCCCAUCCGUCAGCUUUUAUACAUUUAUUAACACACACAAUGGUUUAAACUGUGCAUCUAUAUCCCAUGAUGGAUCCUUGGUUGCUGGUGGAUUUUCAGACUCAUCACUGAAGGUAUGGGAUAUGGCAAAGAUUGGGCAACAAGGUGUUGAUUCUUUGCAGGGUGAGAAUGGAACCACUUCAAGUGAACAAGUUCUUGGGUCAAAUGGUGGAAAAAGACCAUAUACUUUGUUUCAGGGUCAUUCAGGGCCAGUUUAUUCAGCUACUUUCAAUCCUCUUGGAGAUUUUAUACUUUCCUCUUCAGCAGACUCAACUGUUCGGUUGUGGAGCACAAAACUAAAUGCAAAUCUUGUUUGCUACAAGGGUCAUAAUUACCCUGUGUGGGAUGUUCAGUUUAGUCCUGUAGGCCACUAUUUUGCAAGUGCUUCACAUGAUCGAACAGCAAGGAUUUGGUCUAUGGACAAAAUACAGCCUUUGAGAAUAAUGGCAGGGCACUUAUCUGAUGUUGAUUGUGUACAAUGGCAUGCCAACUGCAACUACAUUGCCACUGGUUCUAGUGACAAAACAGUUCGAUUGUGGGACGUACAGACUGGAGAGUGUGUCCGAAUAUUCAUCGGUCACAGGAGUAUGGUUUUGUCUCUGGCAAUGUCACCUGAUGGUCGGUACAUGGCUUCUGGUGAUGAAGAUGGCGCAAUCAUGAUGUGGGACCUUUCAAGCGGCCGCUGUGUUACACCUCUGACAGGUCACACCUCAUGCGUGUGGACACUUGCUUUUAGUGGUGAAGGUUCGCUUCUUGCUUCGGGGUCUGCUGAUUGCACUGUAAAACUAUGGGACGUAACUGCAAGUACAAAGUUGCCAAAAACUGAAGAAAACAAAAGUGGAAAUACCAGCAGACUGAGAUCAUUGAAGACUUUACCAACCAAGUGUACCCCUGUCUACUCGUUACGGUUUUCUCGAAGAAACCUUCUAUUUGCUGCCGGGGUUCUCUCAAAAACUGUAUAAAUUACACUCACUCCAGGCUUGAUCUAACCCACUGUCUUUCGCAUAAAACCCUGCAUCACGCCAAGUCUCGCAACCUGCUCUUCUAAUGCUGCUCGGUGCUGGUCAGUCAGGCACCGUGUGAGUCAUGAGACAUAGAGAGAUUGUAACAGUUACUGCUUAACUUAAUGGUGAACAAUCUUUUUUGGAUCGA